UAUAUAAUCUGAAAUCCGGCUUACCUUUGUUGAUCAAUGUGGAGGGAGAAAAAUUGUGAAAAGUUAUAUAUUUAGGCAAAAACAUGGCCAAGUCAGGGGACACAGUGGUUCCUGCUGAUGAAAGUGAUAAUUUGUUAAUAAGACCUUUGGGCUCAGGACAAGAAGUUGGAAGGUCAUGUCAUUUGUUGGAAUUUAAAGGGAAAAAGAUAAUGCUUGACUGUGGAAUACAUCCUGGUCUGAAUGGUUUCGCCUCACUCCCUUUCUUGGAUCUCGUGGAAGUGGAAGAAGUAGAUCUACUCCUGAUCAGCCAUUUUCAUCUUGACCACUGUGGUGCUUUGCCCUACUUUCUGGAGAAAACACAGUUUAAAGGACGAUGUUUUAUGACUCAUGCAUCUAAAGCUAUCUACAGAUGGCUUCUGUCAGAUUAUGUUAAAGUCAGUAAUAUUGCCACAGAAGAUAUGCUUUAUACAGAAAGUGAUAUAGAAAACAGCAUGGAUAAAAUAGAAACAAUCAAUUUUCACCAGGAAGUAGAAGUGAAUGGUAUAAAGUUCUGGUGUUACACCGCCGGCCAUGUACUGGGGGCGGCUAUGUUUAUGAUAGAGAUUGCUGGAGUCAGGGUUUUAUACACAGGAGACUUCUCCCGACAGGAAGACAGACAUUUAAUGGCUGCAGAGAUUCCCAGAAUUCACCCAGACGUUGUGAUCAUUGAGUCUACAUAUGGUACUCACAUCCAUGAGAAGAGAGAAGAUCGGGAAGCUAGGUUUACUGGACUAGUCCAUGACAUUGUUAGUAGGGGUGGCAGGUGUCUGAUUCCUGUGUUUGCCCUUGGAAGAGCCCAAGAGUUACUUCUCAUACUAGACGAGUACUGGAGCAAUCACCCAGAACUACACGAUAUACCAAUCUACUACGCCUCCUCCCUGGCAAAGAAAUGUAUGAGUGUGUAUCAGACUUAUAUUAAUGCCAUGAAUGAGAAGAUCCGCAGACAAAUCAACAUCAGUAACCCCUUUGUGUUCAAGCAUAUAUCAAAUCUCAAGAGUAUGGAGCACUUUGAGGACAUAGGUCCAUCCGUGGUACUGGCCAGCCCUGGGAUGAUGCAGAGUGGGCUAUCCAGAGAGCUGUUUGAAAGCUGGUGCACAGACAAGAGAAAUGGGUGCAUUAUAGCGGGGUACUGUGUAGAGGGGACACUAGCUAAGCACAUUCUGUCUGAGCCUGACGAGAUAAUGACAAUGACUGGACAGAAGCUGCCUCUGAAGUGUUCCGUGGAUUAUAUAUCAUUCUCCGCUCACACAGACUACAAACAAACCAGUGAAUUUCUUCGUGCUCUCAAACCAGCUCAUGUAGUGCUUGUUCAUGGAGAACAAAACGAAAUGUCCCGCCUAAAGGCAGCUUUGAUCAGAGAAUACGAGGAUGAUAUGGAGUAUCAAAUGAAUGUUCACAAUCCCAAAAACACAGUGGCUGUGGAACUCCACUUCAGGGGAGAAAAAAUGGCAAAGGUUGUAGGAAGUCUAGCAGCAGAAAAACCAAAACAGGAUCAAAGAAUCUCAGGGAUACUGGUGAAGCGGAACUUUAACUACCACAUAGUGGCCCCCGCUGAUCUAUCAAAUUACACUGACCUUGCGAUGAGCACUGUGACCCAGAGACUGAGUAUUGCGUACACAGGGACUGUGGCCCUGCUCAAGUACUACCUGACUCAGCUCUCAUCCGACAUCGAACAUAUCGAGAAAGCCGACAAACCCACACUCAGGAUCUUCAAGUCUGUCUUCCUCAUCAUCGAACCCAAGAUGGUCGUUAUUGAGUGGAUAGCCAACCCAGUGACGGACAUGUACGCUGAUGCUGUGGUGACUGUUGUAUUGAGAGCUGAAAGUGAUCCUAUGCCUCAAAAAAGCGUACCACCGCCCCUGUUAGUUGACAAAUCGCACGUACAGGAAUGUUUGCUGGAGAUGUUAACGGACAUGUUUGGUAGCGAGGGAAUCAGUAAGAUGAUCCGCAACAACAUGGUGACGGUCACCGUGGACGAGAAGAUCGCUACGGUCAAUGUGGACUCGCUGGAGGUGAGAUGUGACGACGAGGAGUUACAGCAAGUGUUACUGACAGCCAUCAAAAAUCUGUACCAGGCCAUCGCCCCGGUCAAACAGGCGGGGUGAGGCCGGGACCCCUCUGUCAGCUAGACCAAACAAACUCGUCCCAGAGCAGGCUCUCUGUGACCCCCAGAAACCACUUCAAAAAUGUGGAACUCUUGCCUGUUGAUCCAAACAUUCUGUGACAAGUUCUCCUGUGAAUAAGGCAGCUUGGAGUAGUGAGACAGUGACAGUGAUGCUGUGUAUUUGUUGUUUAUUGCAGGGAUUCCUGCAAUGUUUUGUUAUUUCAGAUUUUUAGUUGAUGAACAUGAUGUAAUAAAUACUUGUAAUUAAUGUCUCAGAA